AUGUCGGGAAACUUCAAAUAACUUUGGGAGCCUGGUAGACCAGAUACAGCUGUAUUGUGCCUUCACUGCUACUUUCCCCUCAAGGUCCGUUUCGAGGCAUUGUGCAUUUCCAUUCGUGCUCUGAUCAUGGAUGGUCUUUCUUGCUUGUAAUUCAUUCACCGUUUCAGCAUUUCUUCUUUUCGCGAGCCUGUUGAGUUUCGAGCUUCAGUGUUGGGCAGAUCCUCACUUGUGAUACCCUCAGAUCCUCCCCGAUCGGCCUCCCACCCCGCAAAAUGGCCGACUAUAGCAUGUACCAUGCUCUCGGGCAGGGCGAGCAGAUGGACACCAACGAUCCGAAUCGCACCAGUCAACCAGCACCACCUCAAUUUCAGCCACCCGUUGCUCAACAGCAAUAUCAGCAACAGGGCAUGUACGGGUCGCCCGCGCCCCAGAGCCAAGAGUACUUCGGAAGUCCACCACCUCCGCCCGGUGCCCAAGGCUAUGCGCCGCCUCAGGGUCAGGAACCACCGCAAGAUAUAGCGUCGCAGAUGGCUGGCCUGUCUCUGGGAGAUGGACAACACACUGCGAGGAGGAAGAAGAAGGACCGUCACGCUUUCCACAACGUCGAGGCCCCAGUUGGCUCAUCGCAGCCGUUCAACGGCAUACCACCGUCUGGAACACCGACAACGGCCUUUCUCAACGCCGAUCCAUCGAUACACGCCGGCGGUCAGUUCAUCGGUCAGCCCGUCACGCCAAACCAGUUCGCACAGCAGUUCCCUGCUUCCGUUAAUCCCCCCUUCAAUCCGAUCCAGGCCUCGCCAGCCGAGUUCGCUUCUAGGAAUGGAACAGCUGAUUUGGGCGCGCAGUCUGCAUAUGUGUCCACAUCAGGAGGAGUAGGAGGACAAGUUUCGCCGGACGAUAUCCCCAGUGUGCCAGUGUCCAGAGAUAUUCCUCAGCAGCACUUCCUCAACAACGUCUAUCCCACCUUUGAACGCCACGUCCCACCUCCAGCUACUAUCUCCUUCGUUGCCUACGACCAAGGCAACUCCUCCCCAAAGUUUGCUCGCUUGACCAUGAGCAACAUCCCAGCUUCGUCAGAAGGGUUGAACAGUACAGCAAUCCCACUGGGUCUCAUCGUACAACCCCUUGCCAAGCUUCAGCCUGGCGAGUUAGAGAUACCUGUGCUUGACUUUGGAGACCAGGGACCGCCACGAUGUCGAAGAUGUAGAGCAUACAUAAACCCCUUCAUGAUGUUCCGUUCUGGUGGCAGCAAGUUCGUCUGCAACCUCUGCACGUACCCCAAUGAUACACCGUCUGAAUACUUCUGCGCUACGUCACCACAGGGUGUGAGAGUGGAUCGGGACCAGCGGCCAGAACUGUCCCGAGGCACAGUUGAGUUUGUGGUACCUAAGGAGUACUGGACCAAGGAGCCUGUCGGUUUGAAUUGGUUGUUCCUCAUCGAUGUCACUCAGGAGGCAUUCAACAAGGGGUUCCUUGAAGCCUUUUGUGAAGGCAUUCUGGCUUCUCUGUACGCACCAGAGGGCGAAGAUGUAGAAAAUGAUGAGAACGGGGAACCGAAACGGAGAAUCCCACCAGGCGCAAAGGUCGGAUUUGUCACCUACGACAAAGACAUCCACUUUUACAACUGCAAUCCUGCCCUCGAGCAAGCGCAGAUGAUGAUCAUGCCAGAUAUCGAGGAUCCCUUUGUGCCUCUCAGCGAUGGCCUCUUUGUUGAUCCUCAGGAGUCUAGGGCUGUCAUAAGCUCGCUGCUCACAAGACUUCCAACUCUAUUCUCGAACAUCAAAAACCCAGAGCCAGCUUUACUGCCUACACUAAAUUCAGCCCUGGCUGCCCUAGAGAAGACAGGUGGCAAAGUUAUCUGCUCACUUUCAGCUCUGCCAACCUGGGGCCCCGGUCGACUUUUUAUGAGAGAUGAUGGGAAACACCCUGGCGGUGAGAUCGACAAAAAACUUUUCACCACCGAGCAUCCAGCGUGGAAAAAGAUAUCUGAAAGGAUGGUGGCAGCUGGUGUUGGCAUCGACUUCUUCCUGGCUGCUCCGGCCGGCGGUUACAUGGAUAUCGCCACGAUAGGUCAUGUCGCAUCAACAACGGGUGGCGAGACUUUCUACUACCCCAACUUCGUUGCUGGUCGAGAUAACGCCAAGCUUUCACAGGAAAUUAAGCACACUGUCACGAGAGAAACUGGUUACCAGGCGCUCAUGAAAGUGCGCUGCUCAAACGGCCUCCAGAUCAAGUCAUACCACGGCAACUUUAUUCACCACACCAUUGGAGCCGAUCUGGAAAUCGGUGUCAUUGACGCCGACAAGGCAGUGGGGGUCACCUUUGGAUAUGACGGCAAGCUGGAUUCGAAGCUGGAUGCUCAUUUCCAAGCGGCUCUACUCUACACAACAGCUUCUGGCCAGCGUCGCGUGAGAUGCGUCAACGUCAUCGCCGGUGUCAGCGACGCUGCACGUGAGUGCAUGAAGUUUAUUGAUCAAGAUGCGGUCUACUCCAUUAUAGCAAAGGAAGCGGCCACGAAGCUGGCGUCUACCUCCAUCUCUAUGAAGGACCUCCGGCUGAGUCUUGGAGAGAAAACGAUUGAUAUACUGGCGGGUUACAGGAAGAAUUUCUCCUCACAGUCGCACCCCCCAGGCCAACUUGUGAUGCCAGAGAAGUUGAAGGAAUUCUCCAUGUACAUGCUGGGUCUCCUUAAGUGCCGCGCAUUCAAGGGCGGCAAUGAGAGCUCUGACCGCCGUGUCCACGAGAUGCGCAUGAUUAGCUCCAUUGGCUGUGCGGAGCUGAGUCUCUACCUGUACCCUCGCAUGAUUCCUAUCCACAAUCUGGCGCCCGAGGAUGGUUUCCCCGACGAGAAUGGUCACCUUAAAGUCCCUCCUGCCAUUCGUACGUCAUUUUCACGUGUUGAGCCAGGUGGCGUCUAUCUGGUGGACAAUGGACAGCAGUGCCUCAUUUGGUUCCACCAGCAAACCUCACCGAAUCUGCUGGUCGACCUUUUCGGUGACGGGAAAGACAGCCUCAAGGCUCUAGACCCCUAUACCUCGAGCUUGCCGGUGCUGGAAACACAUCUUAAUGCGCAGGUGCGCAACAUUAUUGAAUUUCUGAAGACGCUCCGAGGUAGCAAGGCGCUUACCUUACAACUGGCGAGGCAAGGUAUUGAUGGGGCUGAGUUCGAGUUUGCCAGGUUGCUGGUGGAGGACCGAAACAACGAAGCGCAGAGCUAUGUCGACUGGCUGGUACAUAUGCACAAGGGCGUUCAGCUGGAGGUGAGUUUUAAGACGAUUCAUUCCCCAAACCUAUUUGAUCCUGUCUUUUUGUUGAAGUAUCUUGAGUUGUCUCCACCAUCACAGCGAAGUCAUUUGGAGGCCCUCUGGACGGAAUGAUUCAUGUCCCAAGUGGGUUGGUUCAUCGGUAGCUGCUAGGGAUGGCUACUAGUUGCAAGGGGAACUCCUUAAUCCCCAAAGUUCUCCAGUAACUACGAAUUUGACAACUGAAACUGACCCAC